GUAAUUAGCAUACCCCCUCACCAUCCCGCGGUAACCCUGGCAGGCGCGAGCGCAGUCACGCACUCGCACCCACGUGCACGCGCGCUCGUGUGUCCAGUCACUCCUGUGCCAAGCUCUACAGUCGCGUUGUCCCACACAUCACGAGCAAACGGUUUUCAGCACGGGACAGAUCCUACACCCUCUUACUGCAAUAUGGCGACAGAGUUCCAUAACCUGCAGGAGCUGAGGCACAGUGCAUCACUGGUAACAAAGGUGUUUAUACAGAGAGACUACAGCGAAGGAACCGUGUGCCGCUUCCUGACCAAGUUCCCUUCAGAGCUUGACAACAGGAUUGAGCGGACCUUGCUUGAGGAGACGGUGAAGACCCUGAACUCUUAUUAUACGGAGGCCGAAAAAAUUGGAGGUCAGUCGUACCUGGAAGGAUGUCUGGCUUGUGCAACUGCUUACAUCAUCUUCCUCUGCAUGGAGACGCGCUAUGAGAAGGUGCUGAGGAAGAUAUCAGGCUACAUCCAGGAGCAGAAUGAGAAGAUCUACGCUCCUCGAGGUCUGCUGCUCACAGACCCCAUAGAGAGAGGAAUGAGGGUUCUAGAGAUCAGUGUCUUUGAAGACCGGGGCUCGGGCAGCUCCAGUCCCAGCAGCAGCAUGUCGUCAGCAGGCAGCAGCGCCCGGUGACUGGAGGGGCAGCGCCAGGCUUACGGGUACCACCACAGGGGCAGCGGCACGCUUACCAACAUCCGCAUGCUGAAACAUGAGAGCACCAGGUUCUGAGACAAGUGGAGAGAAAAAGCCGAGGAGGUGAUCCGCAGCGUUCACACUCUCCCUGCAGGAGCCUACGACGUACCACCUGGAGAACAGGAGCUGGCUUACACAAACACACUGGAUAUGCAACAGAAUCAACACAAGUGCAACAGAACCCACACAUAGGCAGCAGACACACGUACAAGCCAACAUCCAGAGUGUCUGCGAGGGAAUAGCCUUCACUCUCCCACAGCUAUCCAAACCAAAAUAAUCAUCAUUUCUUUUGUUCAGAUUUUUCCAUUCACCUUUUCUCUCAUUCCCUCACGUCUGUUUCCAUGAGUCACACCAUUUCUGUGGUAUGGCUGAUUCAGCAGGCUUAACAUUGAUUAGACUGGAUGUCAAUGCUUGAUUGUUUUCAGGGGGGUCACUGUCACUGUGUCUAUGUGCCGAUGGAUUGGCGGUGUAGUCUUAGGUCUGUGCAGCAGCUCUGAAAUCUGGAAGGAGGAAAACUACCCAGCCUCCUGGGAGACCCAAUGUUCUCCAGUCUCACUGAAUGAUUGCAGUCAUGUCAGGUGGUUGGGGUCAAGCCACUUUGAAUGCUGGCAAAUUGGGCCUGCUGUGGGACCACUUGGUUUGAUGCUCCUUCAUUUGGCUCCAGUACCAAACAGCUAACAGAGAGCACCUUGGAUUAUUUAUCCUUCUUAUUCACAGCAGUGGAUACUGGUGAUCCACAUCACAGCUGUAGGUCACACUCCUUCACACACACACACACACACACACACACACACACCUACAAACACACACACACACACACACACACACACACACACACACUCUCCUACACACAUGCACAUGCAUACAAAUGCACACAACCAUGCCCAAGUAUUCAUACAGACACAUACUAGCGAGAGGACAUGCACAUACAUGCAUAUAUAUACACAUAUACACACCUGUGGUCAGUGGCCAUUUGUUUCUGAACACAUACACACAUACGCACCGAACACACACACACACACACACAGAUUCUGGCAGGAGCGGAGGCAACCUAGCCAGACAAUAUUCUCUGUGGUCUCAGCUCAUUGGGAACGCAAGCAAACCCAGGCCCUGUAAGACCGUGCUAGUUUCUCUGGGAGUGUGUAUAUGUAUCUGUGUGUGUGUGUGUGUGUGUGUGUGUGUGUGUGUGUGUGGGUGUG